AUGAUCCGAUCGGUAUGAAAUUUGGACCCAACGUACUUCAAUCCUAGUCCUAGAAGUAUGCAAAGUGUGGUCCCGAUCGGAUCAUUGCAAGCCGGUCCCAAAGUCCCCCCAAGAAAACCGCCCCACUGAGCGAUGCCUGAAAUCGGAAUUUUCACAUCAUAAACCUUUCUAUUGUGCACUCGGAGCUCUCAAAUCUCCCUAUUUACACAAAUAUAUCUAUUUUUGCAAUUUUUAUUGCACACACACACGCCGCCAAUAUCUAUGCAAAUUUCCGUCGUUCCCCUCUCUCUCUCUCUCUCUUUCCGACCACAUUCUACGUGUCACUUUUCGACGGGCACCUGGCCGCCCGUACCCGGUCUGAUCGACUGUUUUAUGGGUUUUUUUGGGGGGGUUGUUGAAAAAACGCAUUUCCGGGCCUGAAAUGGAACAUUUGAAAAUUCCAGUCCACAUGGAUCAGUGCCCUUUUGAUUCGAUGCUAGAAAAUGGGGUUGUUGGGCCUAAAACGGUAGUAAAAAGUGCAUAAAGUACCAAAAACAUACAAGACCUUGUCCGUUACUCGCUCGCAUAAUUGUAAUAAGAUGGCGAUAAAGAUAGCACUUUUGUUUCCGUUCCUCUCUCUCUCUCUCUCUCUCUCUCUCUCUCUCUCUCUCUCUCUUUUUGCCUCUCGAUAUUGUCGAUUACCCUUGAUGAUACUUGUACAAUAUCCAAAUCUCGUCGCGCUUCUGUAUUUACCCGAUUCUCAACAACAACAACAACAAAAAAACGAGCCAAGACUGUGCAAAUAAACAAGAGAUUGCUCAGAAAAGUGAGCAGAUGAUAUCUCUUGGGUCCACGCACUGUGUUGAUUGUCAAUAUUUAGAAAAGUAGUGACCGACCACGCUAGUCGAAAUAGAGCUGACAAAAAAAUUUUGCCACGUGGCGGACUCGAACCCGGACCGCUCGAUUGAUAGCCGAACACGUUACCACUAGGCCAUUUGCUCAUAACCGCCGUUUUUACGGGAAUUUUUAGGUGGAAACGGCGAAAAAAAUGACGUGUUCAGACGUUAUUUUUUGCGAGGAAAAUGUCGUUUCGGGUGGGCACUUCCCAUCGUUAAAAUUUUAUUGAAACUUGUCAUUUUUCAGCGGUUUUUAGGUGGUUUUUGGCUGAAAUUGUUCACAGUCUCUCUCUCUCUCUCUCUCUCUCUCUCUCUUUGCCAGUUAAUCCCCGCCUACGUCUUCCGCUUUUUUCAUUAUCAUCUCCAGAAGUCUGUUAUCUAAAAAGCUCCCGUUUUCCUGUAUUUUUAUUUAUUUGUCUGAAAGCGUUUUCCAGCAAUUUUUCAACGCCCACACUUUGAAUUCUUUUGCAUGUCAUUGGGGCACUCGUAGAAUAUUGUCGAUUCCCAAGCAUAUUCCAUUCGUUUUUCGCCCCCAAAAACCAUGUGAAUUUUGGCAAAAAAUUGUUCUAAACUUUAACAAAUUCAUGUUUUUGACGCGAAAAUCGAGUUUCCUGGCUGAAAAUACAUCAAAAACGAGUGUUUUGAGCGAUUUCGGAAACACGACCCAUAUGGCCCAGUGGUCAAAUUCGUAGCCGUCAAUCUAGAGGUCCGGGUUCGAACCCGGCCACGUGUCAAAACAUUUUUGUCAUCUUUAUUUUCACAAAAACCACUCCCAAGAUGUCAAAGACCGAUGAAAAACGCAAUUCUAUGCGUUGAAUGGUGUCCGUCGCGGAUAGGGGGGGAGGGCGGGGUGUAAUAAUCUGGCCGUCGGACGCUUCCGUUCUUCUUCUCCUCAUUUUGUAACACUCUUUUUUGCGUUUCCACCACCACCAUCACCGCCUCGUUUACACUUUAUUGAGGAACGGAUGAAAAGAUGUGGCAAGUAGGGACGUUUCGGGCAGAAAACGCCACAAAAAUCGUUGAGCUUGACUUUUAGAUCAAAGUUGCGUUCUUCAAAGUGAAUUCACAAUAGUUUCCGUCAAUUUUCACUCUGAAAAGCGUUGAAACGACACUAAAAUCAGUGGGUAAAAUGCGGGUGCGGCGAUCCUCAAGGCUCCGAGCGCUGCCGAGCAAGGGCCGACCUUAAAAUCCACGCCGAACUUUCGGGGUACCUGAAAAAUGACCGGCUGGCCGUGUGGCGCCGGCCGCUCGAGGAGAUGUAUCAUUUUCACAGCUUUUUCUCUCGUUCCCCAACGCCCGCCCGCCGACCAGCAGGACCGCGUCGUCAUUUUGCACACACACAAGUGACCAGGCGGACGGGCGAGACAAAGUGCACACUCAUUUCGUAUCUAUCCGAUCCGACCGGCUCCAUUUUGUCUGGAAAACCUUCUGCACCUUUGUUCCUUCAAUCUAUGUGGGACCACCAUGGUCCUUGCCGGCUCAUGACCUCAAUGUCUCGUUUUUCGUCGUAUUUUUGCGUUUUUGUCGAACAAUUCACUAAAACUAUGAUUUUCAGGAACAGAUCUACACUCCAAACGGUCCCUCAACUUUGUCUUCUUCAAAACACGAUUGCACGGAAAAUUCCGAAUUGAAAGUGAGUUUUUCUGGCUUCAAAAUCGGUUCUCCGGACGAUUUGACAAGUUUUGACACUAAUCAUGACCAUAUUUCGCCGAAAAAAGUUUUUGAGCUGCUUCGGGCUCAUGGCUCGCCGAGCUCAUGUCAAUUUUUGUGAGCUCUCGUCGCUCAAAAUGGCUUCUCCACGUGAUUUUAAAAGUUUUGACACUAAUCAUGAUCGUAUUCCAGCGAAAAAAAUUGCGUGGUCCCAGGGCUCGCGGCGCAGUGCAAAAAACGAGGCAAAACUUUGAAAAAUCAUAACUUUUUGCUAAAAAAUGCGACAGACUCCCGCCGGCGCUUAAAAUAACCGAAAUGUUUGCAAGAACUCGGAAAAAUUAGGAGCUUGGCACAAAAAAAAUUUUGAACCCAGUUUUUUCGGCUCCGUACACCCUCCACCCUCACGUGUUGCCAAUCCAUCAUUAAACGCAAAAAAUAUUGAGAGAAGAAGAGAGGGAGAGAAGAUGAUAUGUGUAUGUGUGUGUGUGUGUGUGUGUGAUCCCGGCGGAUCAUCAAUAGAAUGAUGUCCAACCGUCGGGGACCGCUUCGAUGUUUCUUUUCUUUUUCUUCUCCCGGGAGAGCACUCUCAACCCCUGCCCUUGAGUUCUCUCUCUCUCUCUCUCUCUCUCUCUCUCUCUCUCCUUCAUCAAGAAGAAGAUGAAGAAGAAGAGAGAGAGAGAAAAUCUAUACGAUUUUUGACAGACACACACACACACACUUUGUGAAAAUGACCAGGUGCCUCGAUUAGUACGAUUAGUACUCUUCUCUUCGAGUGAUCUGAUCACGGUCCCUAGCGGUUCAAACUAUUUUUUUGCAAGUAUUGUAGACGAUUUUUUGCUUGUGCACUUUCGUCCCAAACAAAACAUACCAUUAUUUAUUCAAGACACUAUAUCUCAGCUGCCGGUUGAGAUAUCAAAAAGUUGUCAACUGAUAAAUUGUUCACUGAAACAUGGCGUACAUUUUAUCAGUUGACAACUUUUUGAUAUCUCUAAAGGCAGCAGAGAUACAGCGUUCCGAAUGGAUAGUAUACGUUUGAUCUACACUAAUCGCGCGUAACGCAGAUCGAAUCGAUUUUCCCCUCACUACGCUACGAGGCCACGCGUACUUUUUCGUGAGUCGUCGGGGAACACCUGCCAUCUGACCCAUUUCCAUUCCAUUUCCACUUCUUACCCAAUACUUUUCCUUCUCAUUUCGUCACGACGACAGCUGAGUCGCCUCGUCGCCGAAAUGUUCGUACUAGUCUCUCAACGAAACGGACCGUCCGUGCUUGUUCUUUCUUUCUACCCAGCUGUGACGGGUCUUUCUCAAUCUCUCUUUUUCUCGUUUUUCACAAAAAGUACAUAAAUGUACAAAUGUGUGUCGCGUUUCGAAUACGUUGAUUAGGUGCCAUUUGGCAGGAGUAUCUAAAUGAAUAAUUGCUCUCCGUUGCUCUUUUCGCCCAUUUUUGCUCACUUUUUCGCUAUUGGUGGAACUGUUUUUCAAAAUCACGUUCCCUUUUUGACGGCCUACGUCACCUACCGCCGUACUCACUUUUGCUCUUUUCAAAAUCAUCCGUCCACACACACUCUGCGCGCCGCCGCGCAAAUGUUGCUCCCCCCCCACAAUGAGCUCAUCCGAACAAGGAGUGAGAGCACAGAAAUCAAGAGGAGUCGGCCGGUUUUCCGGGUAAUUUAGCGAAAUGCCAAGACGUUUCUCGCCGAUUCUCACGUAUACAGAUCAGAUUUUUUUUUGCACUGAACCACCGCUGAUUCAGGACCGUGUAUCUCAGUUAUGGGUGGAGAUGGCAAAAAGUUGUCAACUGACAAAAUGUAGAGUAUUUUCUAAUGAACAUUUUAUUAGUUGAAAAUUUUUUUAUAUCUCCACCGCCAACUGAGAUACAGCGUUUUGAAUGGUCAGUAUUGGGGCGCUUUUCUUUUACGCUGUUUACGGUAUGCUCCGAUUUCGUUGAUAUUAGGUAGAGUGAGUACCUGGACUGUUCUAAAAUUUCUGAAAAUAGUGUGAGCUGGCUCCGCCCCUUUUUCCAGGAUUACUGUAGUACCGUACCCGCCACAAACGUUUGUGAGUUUCCAAUUCUGAAAGGGAUUUUUCGUUCGAAAACGGUGGUCGAUGCACCAUGUGUGUGUGUGUGUGUGUCUUCAAAAAUUCCAUCGGGGGAGGGGGACAUGGAAAAGCACAGAAAUCAAGCACUUUCACCGGCGCGCUUCCUGUUCGCCUCGUGUGUGCACUUUUUCUCGCAGAAAAGCGCGCCUUGGCCUUUUUGUUGCAAAUGGAUAUUAUCGGUUUCUCUCCUCCUCCUUCCCCUCCCCCCCCCUUUUCUUUUUUCUGAUUCUUGUUCCCAUUCACACUCUUACGCAUAAUUAAUUCCCGAAAAUACGAGAGACGAGGUCGUUCGGAAUCCGCAUCGGCGCCGUCCAAAAAAAAACGCUUUUUUCCUUCUUUUUCACCUGGUAGUUUUGUGUUCGUCGCCGAGGUCACUAAUGUACUUGUGUCAAGAUCAUUAAAAUUUUGCUGCGCGCACAUUUGAUGGAACUAACGGAAAAUCAUAAGUGUAGAGAAUAUGAGAAUAUUGUCUGUUUCGAAUUUUUUUCUGAACUGUAUUAUGCUCUCCUUUGAUUGUCCUGAUGAUUUGCGUCAUUUCAAGCGCCGGCGGGGGUUUGUAGUAUUUUUUUGGAAUUAGUUGUGAUUUUUCAAACAAUUUACCCUAAAUACUGUAAUAGAGGUCAUUCAAGGCAAUGUAUCUCAGUUGUGGGGAAAGAUAUCAAAAAUGUGUCAACUGAUAAAAUGUAGAAUAUUUUUCAAUGAACAUUUUAUUAGUUGACAACUUUUUGCCAUCUAAAACGCCAACUCAGAUACAUUGCCUUGAAUGACCUCUAUUACAGUAUUUAGGGUAAAUUGUUUGAAAAUCCAUAACUAAUUCCAAAAAAAUGAUACAAACCGCCGCCGGCGCUUAAAAUGACGCAAUACAGUGUCUUGAAUAGUCAGUAUUGGCGUGCCCUUAAAAGUUGUUAGAUUACUGUAGUGCCACGUCAAUUUCUAGACGAAUCAUCAUCCCUUUCCCGGUUUUUUGUGUCGAAACGAAGAAAAUUCCCAAAAAAAUUUCUGUGUGUGUGUUUGUGUGUGCGCCCACUGCGUAGUACUCGGAUUAUUGGCCGAAAAAGUUGCAGAGAGAGAGAGAGGGCUUCCCGCGCACUUUUCUGGACAGUAAACACAGAAGAGAGAGAGAGAAAUCACAGUGCUCCUACUCAUCGCAACAAACCCACAAUAAUCUGUGCUCUUUUUCUAUUUUUUUUUCAAAAAAAAAAAAUUGAGAACUUUUCAGACUCGAUUCAACUUCUCAAAUUGUUCAACAACCACCACAACCACAGCAACAACAACAACAACAACUAUUAUCCAUUCGAGUAAGUUAUGAUGACAUUUUCCAUUACCAUCACCCAUGUUUUUUUCGGGAAAAAGUGAAAGUUUGAUGUGAAUGAUGCAUUGUGACGACUAGUACGUUCGUUUCGGCUCAUUAGGCCGGGUCCCCCCCCACCGGGGGUUGAGGGUACUUAUACAGGAGAUAUUUGUUCAGUGUUAGGCCGAGUAGGUUAAUCUUAAUCCCAACAAAUAGUCGCUCGUAGGGGUGCAUCAGAUUUCUUGUAUUUUUGUGCCAUUCUACACGGUCGAUUUGCGUUUUUUUUCAAGCGCCGUCGGGGGUGUGUAGCAUUUUUUUGAAAAUUGGCACGAUUUUUCAAAGUUGUCGCAAAUUUGUCUCGAAUUUUGGGUCAAUGCGCACCAUGUCCUGGCAGUAUUACACCCCAGACUAGGUCGUUUUUGGAGCAUGGAUGGAAUGCUCGGAGGAAACGUCUAAAUUUAGUGCAUCACAGUGUCCUUGUCUCGAUCAUGUUCCAAUCCGUCUCUCUCUCUCUCUCUCUCUCUCUCUCGCUUGUCAUUCCCGCUCGGAUUUGACGUCGGUGGUGGUGGUGGUGCCAUUGGCUUCUUCACUUUUUGUCUGUGCUCUCCGACCGCGCUCUCUCGGCCAUGUUUCAAUUGCGUCAGUUGGUGGUGGCCCCCCGAAGUUUUGAGGAGGAGGAGAGAGAGAGAGAGAGAGAGGGAGCACUCUCUCUCUCUCUCUCUCUCUCUCUCUUAUCACUUCCUUUUACCUACGAAUACUAUCAAGUUGUCUGCGUGCCGCCGCGCGCUCGCGCUCUCGCACGCCCCAGCUCCGCCCCUUUUGACCCGAAAAGUUGAAGAAUGUAGAAGGGCAAAAAGUUGGCGCGGCGCCAACAAAAACAUCAUAUCGCCGCCGCGCCGCGCCUCGCCUCUCCCACAAUGGUAUGAAUGUUUUGUUGUUGUUGGGCGAGCAGGACCGGCCGGCCGGCCGGUCCUACUGGCCCGGUCCCCCCACGACCAGCAGUGACACACUUCUUUUUUCUGUUGACUCUUGUCCUUUCUCGCUUCGUCUUGCUCUUGCGCCGCGCCUCGGAACACUUUUGACGCCGAACGGAAGGAGGAAGCGCCUGUAUAGUUUCUAGAAGAAGUGGGCCCAAUCUCGGGACGCCUAGUAUCGCCCCGCUUGUUCUUCCCGUUGUUCAUGCUCUAUCCGUCAACUCCGCCGUCGUCGGUCGGUUUCGCUAGAAAAAAAAAACCGCCAAAGACAUGUGCUCCUAAUUUCCGCCGUCCUUCGGGCGAAGAGCGUCCCUCACCAUCGUGUUUGCUGCUCCAAAGUUUUGUGUUUUUGUUGUGUGGCGGCGGUCCAGCCUGUUUUUUUUUUGUUGCAUUUCUGCCAAUCCCGAUAGGUUAAACUGAAAUCUCCAAGUGUUUUGGAGACUUUUGAUACUAAUCGCGACCCAGAACGCCUCGAUUCUCCUAUCGAAAAUGAUAUAAAACGGACCGUUUUCGAGUUGGACGUGUCGCUCCCCCACUCAUUUUUCUAUCAUCAAUUCAGGAGGGGGUGGGGUGGGAAGUUCCAUCGGCUCUCAAGUGUUUACCACCACCACUACUACACACGUUUAUGUUUCCCGUGGUCCCAUCGACUGCCCGGCCGGAUCCACUGGUCUCUCUCUCUCUAUACGUUCUUCUUCUUCUUCUUCUUCCUCUUCUUCUUCUCUCACGAUUAUGUCAAAGUGUGUGCACUUUUUGCAGGCAACAAGAGCACACUAGAACGACGAUUCGACGCUGAUUUUUAUGAGGUAACUCAUCAUUCUCAUCGAAUUGAAUAAACAAAAACGUUUUAUUUUUUUUUUUUGCAGUCUGUGAUGCUCUGGUCGCCUUGCGAAGCGCUCAUUCACGUCCGACUCGAAGAGAAGAACACGCAACACGCGGCAGAAAAGGAACACUUGUUGAGCGGCAGUAGCCCGGUCGCCGAAGCGCACAAUAGCAGCAGACGGUAG